AGGUCAAAUUUAAACCCAACCCUGGUAAUAAAGCCUCCCAUGUUCACCUUAAACUGCAGCGUGGAUGCGUUACCUUCAUUGUCUCACCGAUUGCUGCAAGUGACAGGAAAGAUUUUUAUUUUUACCAGCAACGAUCAGCGCACUUUACUAAUUAUUUUAGAUUCUGACACCAAAAAUGGAAUUACCAGCGGCCAACAAUGGUGUUCACUUGGCUGCGUACAGAUCUAACCUCCCACUGUCUGUGCUUAAUGGUAAGACAAAUGGAGGGUUUGAUGAGUCAGAGUAUUCUCAGGCCUACGGUGAUAGCAGCAGUGUAACGUCCCAUGCACCUGGUGCUCUCACUGGCUACGAGACUAUAGAUGCCCCACCACACUAUGACUUCUACACCAACACUCAGGUACUGGGCCGACGGAGACGCUCCAGACCAUCGCUGUACCAGCUGCACGCCAACCCUGAGGAUGACUCCAGACCUCCCCUAUAUGAGGAGACAACAGGUGGACGGAUGGAUGACGACAGUUCUGAGGAAGAGGAGGAUGAGCAAACUGAAGCACUAUCCGAACCCACUCGUUUUGGCUGGGUACAGGGCGUCAUGAUUCGCUGCAUGUUAAACAUCUGGGGAGUGAUCUUGUACCUGAGGCUGCCCUGGAUCACAGCUCAAGCUGGUAUCGGUAUGACUUGGGUGAUUAUCCUACUGUCCGCUUGUAUAACUGGGAUCACUGGGCUUUCGACCUCAGCCAUAGCCACCAAUGGCAAAGUUAAAGGAGGCGGGACCUACUUCCUGAUUAGUCGCAGCCUCGGCCCAGAACUUGGUGGCUCCAUCGGUUUGAUCUUUGCCUUCGCCAACGCUGUAGCUGUGGCCAUGCACACUGUGGGCUUUUCUGAGACUGUCACCGACCUCAUGAGUGAGCAUGGAGCUGUCAUGGUGGACAAAACCAACGACAUCCGCAUCAUUGGUAUCAUCACUGUCACAUGUCUGCUGGGCAUCUCAAUGGCUGGUAUGGCGUGGGAGUCAAAGGCUCAGAUACUGUUUUUCCUGGUCAUUAUGGUGUCAUUUGCCAGUUACAUCGUUGGAACGAUCAUGCCAGCUUCACAAGAGAAACAAGCCAAAGGUUUCUUUGGCUACAGAGGAGAUAUCUUCGCAGUCAAUUUUGUGCCGGACUGGCGGGGGCCCGGGGGCAGCUUUUUUGGCAUGUUCUCCAUCUUCUUCCCUUCUGCUACGGGCAUCCUAGCAGGAGCCAACAUCUCUGGAGACCUGAGGAAUCCAACUGUGGCUAUACCUCGAGGGACACUGAUGGCGAUAUUCUGGACUACAAUUUCCUACCUGAUCAUUUCUGCAACCAUUGGCUCCUGUGUUGUUCGGGAUGCGUCUGGCUCGAUGAAUGACACGCUGCCAUCGUCCAUUGAGUCCUGCGUUGGUUUACCCUGUCAGUAUGGCUGGGACUUCACAGCAUGCGCCACUAAUAACACCUGCAACUUCGGCAUCAGUAACUACUAUCAGUCACUCAGCAUGGUAUCAGCCUUCUCCCCGCUCAUCACUGCUGGUAUUUUUGGAGCUACUCUGUCCUCUGCUUUGGCCUGCCUGGUGUCGGCUCCCAAAGUCUUCCAGUGUCUCUGUAAGGACCAUCUUUACCCUCUCAUUGGCUUCUUUGGCAAAGGUUAUGGAAAAAACAAUGAACCGCUCAGAAGCUACCUGCUCACAUACCUCAUAGCUUCCUGCUUCAUCAUCAUUGCCGAGUUGAACACCAUCGCACCCAUCAUCUCCAACUUCUACCUGUGCUCCUAUUCUCUGGUCAACUUCAGCUGCUUCCAUGCCUCCAUCACCAAUUCACCAGGUUGGCGUCCGUCCUUCAGGUUCUACAGUAAGUGGCUCUCUCUGCUGUGUGCCGUGAUUUGUUUGGUGAUCAUGUUCCUGCUGACUUGGUGGGCAGCUCUUAUUGCCAUCGGUGUUGUCAUGUUCUUCCUGGGAUACACACUGUACAAAAAGCCAGAGGUGAACUGGGGCUCAUCGGUGCAGGCGAGCUCCUACAACUUGGCUUUGACUCAUUGUGUGGGCCUGAACCUUGUGGAGGACCACGUCAAAAACUACAGGCCCCAGUGUUUGGUGCUGACCGGACCUCCCAGCAGUCGUCCGGCCCUCGUGGAUCUCGUCAACUGUUUCACGAAAAAUCUCAGCCUCAUGAUGUGUGGAAAUGUGGUCACAGCCUGCUCGUCUCCAUCAGUUUUAGAAAAGGCGAGCAGCAACAGUCACGUGUUCUGGCUGAACCAAAGGAAGAUCAAGUCGUUCUACAGAGGAGUGGUGGCUGAAGAGCUCAGAUCUGGGGUUGCCAUGCUGCUGCAGGGGGCAGGUUUGGGUCGGAUCAAGCCAAACGUUCUGGUGUUGGGUUUCAAAAAAGCCUGGCGCAGUGACUCACCUAUGGCUGCUCACAACUACACAGGAAUCCUACAUGAUGCGUUUGAUCUGCAGUACAGUGUGUGCAUGCUGAGAACAAAAGAAGGGUUAGAUAUGUCUACUACUACUACAACAACUACUACUACUCCUCUGUCUCAGCAUGUAAAUGAAAGUUUUGACACGGGACCAGACAGUAUAAGCACCAUCUCUACCCCUUCACUUAUUCGAACCAGCGUUACAUCUUCUGUCACUAUUGAACCUGAGCCUCAGCCCAGUACCGUUUUCCAGAAAAAACAGGGGAAGAAGACUAUUGAUGUGUACUGGCUGGCUGACGAUGGAGGUCUGACUCUGCUGCUGCCGUACCUGCUGACCCGCAGGAAGCGCUGGGCCAGGUGUAAAGUCCGAGUGUUUGUGGGAGGAGAAACGGACAAAAAGGAGGAGCAGAAGGAGGAGGUUUUGUCACUCAUCAAGAAGUUUCGUCUUGGUUUUCACGAUGUUGAAGUACUUCCUGACAUCUACCAGAGUCCUCAGCCCGUGAACGUCCAUCACUUUGAAAACAUGAUCCGACGCUUCAAGCUGGAAUCCAACCCAAAACAGGAGUCUGACUCUGGACCGCCGAGACAGCAGAAUGCCCCCUGGAUGAUCACAGAACAGGAUUUAGACAGAAACAUGGCCAAGUCUCUCCGUCAGAUCCGUCUGAAUGAGGUUCUGCAGGAUUACUCCAGAGACGCUGCUCUUAUCGUGAUCACCAUGCCGGUGGCAAGGAGAGGAGUGUGUCCCAGUUCUCUCUACAUGGCCUGGCUCGACAUCUUGUCUCGGGAUCUUAGACCCCCAGUACUGAUGGUCCGAGGAAACCAGGAAAGCGUUUUAACAUUCUACUGCCAAUAAAACGUAUCUUUGAGUUUGUUGUUGAUACAAUGAAGCAAAUCUGA